AUGGCAAAACUCGAACCUUUUAGCGGCGACUACUAUCUAUGGGACUAUGUCCCUUCCAUAGCCGCCUCGAUCAUCUUCUUCCUCAUCUACCUCGCUCUAACUCUAUUCCAUGUCUGGAAGGCCUGGAUAACCCGCGCACGCUUCUGCAUCCCCUUCAUCAUCGGUGGAUUCUUUGAAGUAAUCGGCUUCGCCGUCCGCGCCGCGUGCACCAACGCAACCGCCAACCUAAUCCUCUACAUCCUGCAAAGCGUCUUCAUCCUAAUCGGCCCCGUUCUCUUCUCCGCAAGCGUCUACAUGGUCCUAGGCCGUCUGAUUCGCAGCGUCAACGCAGAAAAGUACUCCCUCAUCCGCAUCACCCGAGUAACCAAAGUCUUCGUCACCGGCGACAUCCUCUCAUUCCUAGUACAGGGCCAAGGCUCAGGGUUAAUGGCCACGGACGGCCUAGAGAACAUAGCAAAAGCCAUCGUGAUCAUUGGAUUGAUGAUCCAGAUCAUCAUGUUUGGAUUCUUCAUCGUCGUGGCUACGGUCUUUGAGAAGAGGAUGAAGCGCGCGCCGACGAGUCAGGCGCCGUACACGCAUCAUCUGUACCCUUUGUAUGCGGUUAGUUGGCUGAUUAUGCUCCGCUCUAUCUUUCGGGUUUUUGAGUAUGCGUUGGGGCAGAAGGGCUAUCUUUUGGCGCAUGAGUGGCCGCUUUUUGUGUUUGAUGCGGUGCCGAUGUCUGCUGUGAUGGUUGUCUGGGGGUAUUGGCAUCCUGGGACGUUGAAGGCAGAGGGGGGUCUGGGGGCGCAGCAGGAGGUGGGGAUGGGCUGGUAUCGGAGUAUGGCAUAG